AUGAGAUUGAAAGCCCUGGGGAUAUUCUCUUUAGCCGCAAUAGCGCUCGCGACUGCGUCUGAAGGUUUAUACACUCAACUUCCAACCAAUCUCACAGAGGUCGACGUCAUAAUUGCAGGAGGAGGCACUUCUGGCAGCAUUGUUGCCUCACGACUCGCCGAAGCAGACCCAGCCCUGUCAAUUCUGGUUAUCGAGCAGGGCCAAGAUAGCUUCAAUGCCACAAACGUCAUCUACCCGGCGUUAUUCGAAAGGAACACCCUGCCCGAUUCCAAUACGGCUCUGUUCUGGAAGGCCAACAAGUCGCCGCAGCUGGCGGACCGUGAGCCAGUUGUUGAAACAGGCGGCAUUCUCGGGGGUGGAUCAGCUAUCAACUGGAUGGUUUACACCCGUGGGCAGUGGGAUGAUUACAACUCCUGGAACACGUCGGGGUGGUUUGCAGACGAAUUGUUGCCACUUUUACGGAAGGUGGAAACGUAUCACGGAGCAACAACUAAUGAAUCCACUCAUGGCUAUGAUGGACCAAUUCAUGUGUCAAAGGGAACGCACCAAGCGCCUCGAGCUGAAAGAGGCUGGAUUGAUGGGGCCGUCGAAGCAGGUUGGUCGGAGGUAGAAGACCUCCAAAGCCUGCACUCUAACAAUGGCUCCGGGACCUGGUAUCGAUAUGUCUCGCCCACUGACGGUCGUCGGCAAGAUGUCGCUCAUCGUUACUUGCACCCACUUCUACAAAGUGGCGAGUAUCCAAAUCUGCAUGUGCUGGUAGAAACUCAGGUCCUCCGCAUCCUGUUUGAGGGAGAAGAGAAUCGUGCCGCUGGGGUGGAAAUCCGACCCAACCCAGCAUUCGCGAAGUAUGCCCAAGAAAACAGCAUGUCGGUAGUCAAGGCGAGAAAGCUGGUGGUUGCUUCCGCGGGGUCUUUCGGAACUCCAUUGCUUCUUGAACGGUCUGGAGUUGGUGAUCCCACUGUGCUGGAAAAGGCGGGUAUACCGAUGAUCGAAAGUCUCGAUGGAGUGGGCAAUGACUUCCAAGAUCAUCAUUUCGUUGGCUACGUCUACCGCACGAACCUCGAACAGAACGAGACCAUAAACGGAAUAGCCCGAAACGACAGAGGGCGAGACGUGAAUGCGAUGAUUGCCGCCAACGACAAGCAACUUGGUUGGAACGGCCACGAUGCCUCUAGCAAGGUCAGACCGUCCCCAACUGAUAUUGCAGCUUUGGGACCAGAAUUUCAAGCUGCUUGGGACAGGGACUUCAAGGACUCACCCAACCGUCCUCUCAUGAUCAUGGGACUCUUCAACGCCUAUUUUGGCGACCCUGCUUCUCUUCCUGAUGAUGCCGAAUACGUUACCACGGCACCUUGGGUAACAUACCCAUACGCGAGGGGCCACAUCCAUGCGACUGGGCCAAGCAUUGACGAUCAGUACGACUUUACUACCGGGUGGCUACUUGACGAGAACGACAUCGACCUGAAGAGCCAUAUCUGGGGGUACAAGACACAGCGAGCCAUCGCUCGUCGAAUGGAAAUCUUCAGGGGCGAGCUCGCACUAGGGCACCCUAAAUUCGCCAACACAUCGAGUGCCGCUGUUAUUGAGGUGGCUGAAGGACCGAUUACUGAUUCGAUUGAGUACUCUGCGGAAGACAACGCUGCAAUCAUACAGUACAUACGUGAGAAUAUUGGGACGUCAAGGCAUCCUCUUGGAACCUGCAAGAUGGCACCCCAGGAGAAUCGAGGGGUUGUUGACCCCAAUUUGAACGUCUACGGUGUGUCCGGGUUGAAGAUUGCGGACCUCAGCGUGCCAGCUCAGCAAGUCGCUGCUAACACGUACAAUGCUGCACUGCUUAUGGGGGAGAAGGCUGCCGAGAUCAUUAUCAAAGAGUUGAGACUUUAUUCAUCUAGGUAG